AUAGUUUUACACAGUGCUCUUUAAUUGAAAUAAAAAGACUGAUGAGAAAUGGGAUACACAAAAGGAAAUAAAUCGCAUUCAUCCGUUCAUGAUAUAGUGUACCGAUCGCUACGUGGGGUAGAGCGUUGUUGUCUAGAAUAAUUCUUCGCUGAGUGGGGUAGAAUACGAGCGGGGUAUAUAACUUGUAUCCGGAACAGCGUCUCGCUACGUGGAGAAGGACUCGUAUGCCAGUAAGCGUGCCCCGCUAGGUGGGGUAGAACACACAGUGCCUUAAUGUAUUAAAUGUUUCGCCAGAAAUAUUUGAUAGUUGGUUGACUGGUUGGGGAGUAGCUUAGAUAGAAAGUCCUUCGAAAGGAAUGGCUGAGGUUUCAGGUAGAACUAUUAAAUCCGCAGGUGAAGGAGAAGAAGGCAGUGAGAAUUCAUCUGCCGAUGGAUCAAUAUACUGCCUGCCAUGCACACAAGACGGCACAAAGAUUUCGGCCGAAGGGUUUUGCAAGAACUGUAAGGAACAUUUAUGUUCUCCGUGUAUUAAGUACCACAAGAAAUUCGGGAUCACUAAGAAACAUUCGAUACUUGAUAAAGCACAAAUGCCCUCUACAACUUACAAAUCAGAAUACGAAAUGCGAUGCACCGAACCAUGCCCUUACCACCCGAUGGAAGUAAUUAAGUUUUACUGCCCAACUCACAACACAGUACACUGCGGUAAUUGUGUUGCUUUUGAUCACCGAGGCUGCAAGUUUGAUUUUAUUCCUGAUAUAGCAAAAGACUACAUUGAAAGUGACGAACUAAGAGACAUAAGAAAACAUGAUGUUAAUGAGGAAUUUACAAAAUGUGAAGCUGAAAUAGACAAAUGUUUAAAUGAGGCUGACAAUGUAGCGCAUUCCGAGCUUCAAAAUAUUAGACUAGUCCGAGAUGAACUAAUUGAUCACAUUACCGAACAUGAGAAUGAACUUAAACUAAAAUUGAAUCAGAUAAAGGAAAGCCAGAAAAGGUUUUUGAAUGACAGGAUGUCACGUGUUUAUGCUAAGAAGUCAGAAUUCGGGAGUGAAACUGUCAACUUGUUGAAUAAUGAUGACGAUAUCGUACAGCUUUUUGUCAAAGGGAAGCAGUCUGAAGGAUUGUUAGCUACCUGUAAAACAGCACUAGAUGAUAUCGAAAAAGGCCCAGCGUUAGAUUCCUAUACAUUUGAGAGAAAUCCAACCAUAAACAAGCUCAUUCAGUCUACUGGGGUUCUUGGUGCUAUUGUGGAGAAGGAAGACACGCAAAAGACUACGCAUGCGGGGUUAAAAAUGAGGAAAGCUCAAACUUUGAAGUACUUUGACAUAAGGGGAAAACAAGUAAAAGUCUAUGAAGAAAUUAAAUUAUUUCGGAUCGGAUUUCAUAGCACGACAUGCCUUACGCUCCUGCCCGAUGAGCGGUUGCUGAUAACUGAUCAUGAGAACCAGUCAUUAAGGAUGCUCGACACUAAGAGCAAUAAAUCGCUCUCGAGCUUGGCGCUUUCGAACAAACCGUGGGGUGCGUGUCUCGUGUCCCCCAAAACGGUGGUCUGCACAAUGCCAUUUCAGACAUCUAAGAAUAUGCAGUUCAUAUGCAUAGGUGACACCAAGCUUUCUCUUGCUAACAGCAUCUGUGUGGCUGGUGAUUGUUACGGUGUGGAUUGCUAUGAAGACACAUUGUUCGUAUGUUACGGUGACCAGAAGAAAAUUGAGGCCAUGUCAAUGAAUGGUGAGGUCAUCCAUGAAGUAAGCAAUAAAACAUCCGAAAGAUAUUUAUUCAACAGCUUGAAGUAUAUCAAAGUCCAUGAAACAGAACACUCUACCUCCAUAUAUGCAGCAGAUGCUGGACGAUUUACAGUUACACAAUUAAGUCUGAGUCUUGAAAUACUCAAAACCUUUGAAAACCCAAAGCUGAAAUGUCCUUUUGGCUUGGAAGUCGUUGAUUCUUCUCAACUGCUUGUCUGUGGAAAGGAUAGUAACAACAUUGUCGUGCUGAAUACAUUAACUGGCACCAUGUCUACAAUUCUUGAGAACAUAGGAAUGCCAUCAAGUGCGUAUUUCUGUCAAAAAAGUAAUAAACUGUACGUUGGGUUUUUUUCCUAUAAAAAUAAUGAGAUUUACCUCUUGACAUAUAAAAUCAAAUAGAAGCCAUUGGUGAAGUUAAGGGCUGAAAUGUGUUCAUAACGAUGGCACAGGCAUAGUUUAGCCGUUGUUCGAUGAUAUUUCAAAUUACAAGAGAACAGUAUAUUCGAAAUUUGAAUAUUAAAGAAAUAUAAAACAGAGAACGUACUUUUUAGUUUAGCUUUGCUCUUUUUGUUAUAUAAUAACAAAUCAACUCCGAUCAAUUAGAUUAACGGCUUUCGGCAAUUGCGAAUAUUUUCCGAUGAACGCAACAUUUAUAUUAGGAUAUGUUCGGGCCGCGAAAUCUUUCGUCGUUUUAAAAUAAAUUAGAUAAUUGUUUAGCCUUUUAUUGUAUUAUGUUCACGAAAGACUGUAAUCAGCAUGUUGGCAUGUUCAUUAAUGAUUUGUUAAAUAUAUGUUUUCAUUGUGUAACUUUGACGUCUUAUGAUAAACUUUUUUUCCGGCAACGGUCGGGUCGUUCUAUUUACAGAAAAGGUGAGAAAGAAUUAGUUAGGUUUUCUUGAAUAGAAUUAGGUAUUAUUUAACAAUUUUGAAAAGAAAUAAUGAGAUAUUGGUGUAAUUAUAAGUAAUAAAUUGCGUGAUUGAUGUCAUUAUCGGGGACUCCACACACUUAAAUUAGCCCAACUACGUGUAUAUCCCUGUAAUGACAUCACUCACGUAAUUCAUUCCUUAAAUGUUGGAAUACGGUUGAGGUCGAGCACCGGUUUACAGAAAACGUAUCUGAGGUGGUAACCCCGACAUCAAUAUAUUGAAAAUAUUUCAGUUUGCUUUUGUAUUGUGCUGUUUUUCCUCGAACAAUGUAUGUAAGUAUUAUAUGAAAAACUACAGAAACAAGCACAAAUAAGGCCUUGAGCCUUGUGCUUUUGAACUAAGCAUUUGUUCUUUGUUAAACAUCUAUGUUUUCUAUUAGUUUCCAUUGUACUAGUAUAAUACGUUUCUUUAAUGGGUUAACAGGCUUUCUACUGGUCUCUUAUUUUCCUCCUUUUGUGGUGAAAACAAUGCUGAAUUUGAGAUUAUUUUAUCUUUAUUCGUUGAUUUUGAUCACCGAUUAUCUGGUCAUUAGUAUUUUCUGAUGCAAAGAAUUUUUUGUUAACAAAGUGUUAUUAAUAUGUUUACGACGAACACAAUUAUGUCUGUCUGUCUGUCCUAAGCAGCAAAUACCAGUCAAUUGAAACAUUUCCGACCUGAGUAACCUGAUUGCUAUAAACUUUUCAGCAACUUCUAACUGUUUUUUAAGCCUUAGUUUUACUACAGGUUUGAUGAAAUAGGUUGAAGAAGUUAAAAACGUUUGGUAAUAUAUUAUUGUUUUUAAAAAUAGUCUUCAACUAGUGUACAGAAUAAAAAAUAUCUCUUUUUUAUCUCAACAAUCAUUUUUCCCCACUAUUUCUUCAUAAAUGCUCCUAUUUGUUCCUACGUUUACAAGGUACACUGUUGCCGAGUCCGGGGCAAUAAGUCAGUUAUUGUUAUUGACUAAUAUUUUGUUGGAAAUGCUGUUUGUUAAUUGAAUAGAGAUAUUAAUUAUACAGAUUUAUUUGAUUAAUAACGCUCAACAGUGGUAUUUCGAAGAUGCUCUGUCCUUAUCUGGGAUAUUAAACGCGCUAAUGGUCUUGAUUGUUUCCAUGCUGUUCAUAUCUACCUGCGGAUCUUUCCAAUUCAAAAGCAAAAGUCCCAAAACAUCAUUUAGUAUAGUGUAGCCUCUGGUCUAUGUUUUAAUCUGCACAAUACUUUGAUUUUGUCACGUUUCGCAUUUGAUUGAAUAUUUUUCUGUCUUUUGACCAAAAUGACUAAUGACACAUUUAUAUUUGAAAUAACAUAUUGAUAGCAUAAUUUAAUUAAACUAGCUUAUUUUUCAAAAAGUUACUAUAACAUAAAAAGGAUACGUUUUAACAUUUUCGAAGACUUUGUUGUAAUUCAUUACACUAACUUGAUGCAAUUAUAAUGAAACAUUACCCAUGAUACAAUUUCGGUGAUGAGAAUGGCUUAGGCUGUUUUAAUCAGUAUUAAGGGGAACUUUCCUAAAUGCUUUUCAGUGGCCCAAAAGGACCAAUGUUAAGCAAGUGUAUUUAAAUUGUUUUAAGAGAUUUACCAUGAAAUUAUCGUUGUACCUUUAACAUAUGUUUUGUUACAUUUAUACUGAAUGAAUUACUUAACUCGUGAAUGAUAGACUAAUUUAAUGAAAGUAGCUUAUAAAUGCUGAUUUACCUUUUUUAAUAUAAACCUUUACUCACCUUCUGUUAUUAAAUAAUUGUUAAUAAUAAACUUAUCCUAUGUUGUGUAUAGACGAUGUACUUUGUACUAGUAUUAUUAAUAUUCUGUCUGGCAUGUAUGUAUUUUGUAUAUUUGAAAAUGAACUUGAUUACCGCAAUAUAUUUUUUCAACUGAAUUUGUAUGACAAUAAUUGAAUUACUGAAUUACUGACGUUUCUAUCAUAUGUAUGUCAAAAUAUUUCUUUUUCAAUUUUUCAAUACAGAAUUCGAACAUGCUUGUGUCUCUCUUGCUUUGUACAUAUGUAGAAAAACUGUUGUUGUUUUUAAUUGCUAGAUUUUAACAUUUUUCGUUUGAAAAUAAUUAUGUACACUAAAUCUUGGAAUUACUAUAAUAAUAGCAUUUGUUAUUAAUCAAAUCGUACUGUGCUUGGGUGUGCAAGUGUUUGGGUAUGUGUGUGUGUGCGUGAGUAUUAUCCUUUUGCAUACAUGUUUAUCCUAUGCAUAGAAUUGUAAUAUAGUUUAUGAAUUUAGAACCGUAUGUUGAUAUCUAUGCUAUGUAUAGUAAUAAAUUAGACAAAAAAAGUAUUAUUCCGUUUCAAACAACCAGCAUGAUGCUU